AAAUCAUAAAAAGAUAAAGUGUAUUUUGCCCAUUUUUUUAUUCGCCACUAGUCUAUAUAAUUGAGAUGAUGCAGAGUAUCGGUUACUAAAAAUUGCACAAAAAAUUUCUUGAUUAUUGAUUAUUCAGCUCUGUUACAAGUCUAGAAUGGAGAAAUCUGUGUUAGUGUUCAUUGCUGCACCAGUAAUGGGCCAUUUGGCACAAUCCGUCCAAUUAGCCAAGCUCAUGCUUGAGAAAAACAAUCAACUCUCAGUUCUAGUUCUAGUCAUGAAGGUGCCCAUUGAUCCUGAAGGCACCAUCAAAGUCCAGAACAUCAUAAGCGGCUGCAGUGUCGAACGCCUCCACUUCCACCAUCUUCCGACGCCGGAAAACACCAAUAACUGGUCAUCAAAUAGAGGGUUGUUCAUGAAUCAACUAGUAGAGUUCCAGAAACCUCAUGUCAGAGAAAUUGCCUCAAAAAUCGAAGGUCUCUCUGGCUUCAUACUUGACUUUGGCACAGCAACUUCGAUUGAUGUAGCUGAGGAAUUUCAGGUUCCUAGCUACAUCUUUUGCACUUCUGGUGCUGCAUAUUUUGGUCUCAUGCUCCAUGUUCAAUCCCUGCAGGAUGAUCAUAAUCAGGAUACCAUUGAAUUGUUCAAAACGAGUGAAGAAUUGAUUGUACCUUCUUUUGUUCAACCGGUUCCGAUCAGCGUGCUGCCAACUGCCACAACUGAUAAGCUACAGUGGUCAGUGAGGAUGCGCAGGUACCAAUAUUACAGAAAGCCAAAGGGCGUGAUUAUGAACACAUUUUCUGAGCUCGAAGAUCAUGCUCUCAAUUCUUUCUUGAAAGAUUCAGCUUAUGGCAAGUCAGGACUACCACAAAUUUAUCCGGUUGGGCCUAUUCUAAACAGGUCCGAAAUGAAUUUAAAAAGCCAUUCACAAACAAUUGAAUGGCUGGAUAAACAGCCACAGAAUUCAGUGGUACUUGUCAGCUUUGGAAGUUUGGGAAGUUUUGAUUUAGAUCAAGUGAAAGAGAUUGCUAGUGGGCUGGAGCAGAGCGGCCACAGGUUCCUUUGGGUUCUGAGGCGGCCUCCAACAGAGAAAGGAGGAUUUCCUGAUGAGUAUGAGAAUGUUGAACUUGUGCUGCCCAAAGGGUUUUUGGAUCGAACGGCUUCCAUUGGAAAAGUUGUUGGUUGGGUGCCACAAUUGGCUGUAUUAUCACACCCUGCUGUGGGAGGAUUUGUGUCACAUUGCGGGUGGAAUUCUAUAUUAGAGAGUAUAUGGUGUGGUGUGCCAAUUGCUACAUGGCCUUUGGCUGCAGAGCAACAGUUGAAUGCAUUCCAAUUGGUCAAAGAGUUGGGAAUAGCUGUGGAGAUUAGCUUGGAUUACAAUGAGGCAAAGGAGCAUCAAGAAUUGCUGAGAGCAGAGGAAAUUGGGAAAGGAGUAAUGGACCUCAUGGAUGGUAACAAUGAAAUGAGGAAAAGGGUCAAAGAGUUUAGUGAGAAAAGCAGGGCAGCUGUGCAGGAAAAUGGAUCAUCUCAUCUGUGCUUUGAGAAUCUUGUACAGACUAUUUGCAGCGGAUCCCACAAAUGGAGAGGUGAAGGCGCGGUUUCGAAUGCCAAAAUUUAAACAACACAGUUGAUUUUAAAGUGCCUGAAGGCGUGCUGAAAUUCGUCUAUCAAAUACUUUAGACGAGAAUCAAUUGAAGCGAUUAAAACAUCCUUAUAGAACUUUAGAGGCAUAUCCGAAGGCAUCAUUUCUUCUCAUGCUCAAUGGGAAGCGUGAUCACAAUUAUUGUUUAGGAUGAAAAUAUUUUUGCGUAGUUUUAUUCCUUGUACCUUAGAGAUUAACUAGUUUCCUUA